AUGCAAUCCCCCAGUGUUAAGAAAGACACUCGUCCAAAAGGCUCCAUCAACAAGCUAGAUAUCAGUCACCCUGAACCUCUGGAAACCCUGAACGAGGGCGAGGUUGCUGCUCUUGACACGGAGAUUCUUGAGCGAGCCCGUCUUCAGGGAAAUUUUGACCUCUUUGCUGACCUAGCUCUCGACGAAUUCCCUACUGUACGAAGAGGUUAUGUCGAUGGCCUGCGUGCUAACCGAGCCCGCUACUAUCCUGGUGACCCGGAGGCGGGUGACAGCUCAUUGCUGAGCGGCCACAAGCAACGACACACAGUAAACUCGAGGCACAGCUACGCGGGCGGGAACCCGCAGUCUACAGUGGCCGUUUCCCGCGCUCAGUCGACUUCUAAGGCCGCCGCGGGCGCUCAAGGCGAUGCCCAAGAGGCCAAACUUCCCAGCUCUUCCGUAGGGUCGAGGACCGGCUUUUUGCCUUCUCCAGUUCGGCCAGAGUCUUCAAUCCAGACAACCACUGCCUUGGCCUACCAUGACCCUCAUGAGAUCAAUCGAAGGUAUAAACGACUCCAUAAAGGGAGUGAUGCCCUUAGCUCGCAUUCCGUAGAGGCUCCUCUCGUCGCUCACGGGGCCGGUAUUGCCAUGAACGAGAAGGGGUCCGGUGAUGGACCCAAGAUCCACAAUGCCGAUAGUUUAACUCAUCGUAUUUCCCGAAAGCCGGUCGGCGGAGGUCCCCAGGCUAGCGGGUUGGCCAGCGCGCUCCCGGAAGCCCAUCAACUAUUGGGAGCCAGCGUCUCCUCGAGUCAUGACCACCAUCGUCCGAUGAUCUUCAUCGGCAGAGGUGCGAAUAAUGGGUCCGGGCAGAACGUUGGUAAUCAAACUGAGCCUGACAAGGGCAUUGCUUUCCGCCUGGAUGAGAUUCUUGGCUCUCCCCACGUUGAGCCAUCGGCAACUCGAGUCGUAGGCCAGUUCAAGGCCUCGUCCAAUGCUAACACUGAAACCCACAAACAGCAUAUGCAUGGCCCAUCUAAGAACGAGGGUGUCAAGGAGUACAGCCCUAGCACUACGGACGAUAGUGAAGAUCUGAGCAACUCCAGUGACGCUACCGUCAUCGUACGCAGGCUCGGGUCCGACGAAGAGGGCCCCGCUGAGCCGGCCAAAGCUCCAUUUUCCUCCCUGAGUGAAGCUAGCCAAGAGUCCAACGGGGUUCCAAGGUUGCCACAGUAA